GCCACCACCAGCACCGCUACAUCUAGAAGAGUAGGGGGCAUCGACAACAACGUCAUGUCUAGCAACGCGGACCGAAGCCGUAUGCGGCGGGAUAGGACAUUCGUUGGAAGCGAAUGUGCGGUUUGCGAGGAGCCACUGGAGCACACGCUGCGUGGCGAGCGUAUCCUGCAAUUCUCUUGCUCCCACGUCUCCCACGAAGCCUGCUUCUACGAGUUCAUCCGUGAAAUGGAGGCACAAUAUUGCCCAGCCUGUGAUGCUCCGCUGCAUCUUGACUCCAGCCGAGGCGGCAAUGUCCUGGACAUCAACAAAAUCAGCAACAUGGUUCGUACUGCCGGCACUGAGCCAAGGGCUGAGACUGUCACUCCGGCGCCAACCUGGGACAACCCGGCAGCGAGACCGCCCAGUGUUGAUAGCGCCCAGAGGCGGCCGAUAGUCUCCAGCUCGAGUAUUGGAAAGGGAAGUCAUCGCGAUGGUAGAGACGCCGCCUCGGAUCGCCAUGGGUCUACAAGGCAUACUCGCAACGACAGCACUGGUAUGGCUUCAUCCAAUGGCUACCCAGAAACAGCCCAGAGCGGCUCUCAAUGGCGCCACGAAUAUGAUGUCCAGACAAUGGAAACGACGCCCAGCAGCCCCCGCCCAGCAACGAGAAAUCCUAUUCCGCCCCCGGUUGUUACCAUUCGCUCCGAAUUUCCCACCAUCAACAGAUCUCGCCAACAGCAGACGCUCACGUGCCUUGUUACGGUUGAAGUUCCGGACAACAAUUGGCGGCCAGACCCUGAGGAUAUUGGCUCCCCGGUGCAAUCGCAAGUGGGUGUCAACUCGGGUAUUACCGAAACUGCUCCUCCUCGCGCUGUGUCGCCCUCUCCGACACCGACACCAAACACCACACGCUUCUAUCCUUAUGAGUCCGCCGAUGUUUUGGAGGAAAUGACGGAGAAUCUACGCAACCGUGUUGAUAACUGGCAUGGCCUAGAGUUCGACCGAUUCGGACAAUUGAGGCUCUGCGGCACGCUACGAGUAGGCAAAGACAAGGUGUCCUGGCAAGAAUUGGAAUGCUACCUCUUCUCUGAGAUGCUCAUUUGCGUCAAGGAAAAGAAGCUCCCUCCCCAGUGGGACGACCAUGGUGCUCAACGAAAGCCAGCAACCCGCUGCACACUAAAGGGAUCCAUCUUGAUCAAGAAACACCUCAACGAUGUGACGGAGACUGGAGCCAUCGAUGAGAAUAUUCUAACUUUGAAUCUAUCCGUGGCCGAACUGCCCCAGUUCCAUCUUAGAUUUGACAACCGAAACCAACUCAAAUUGUGGAACCAAGCUUUGCUGGACUUGCACGCCGUCGAUUUCCCUCCUUCCCUUCGAAGUCCUGAUGUGGACCGCGGCGAGAUGUCUGAAACGGAUGAGGACGGAGACUGGGGCCGGGCCGGCCAGCAGCGUGUUUCCUCCAUCGCCUCUUCGUGGGGCCACAAGUCCGUCACGACAGCUCAAACAGAGUAUACCAACGUACCGACCAAGGCUGCUCGCCUUCCCAGCACUGUUCACGUCCCGAUCGAUGUUGUUGUAGUUGUCCCUAUUUCUUCGUCGAUGCAAGGUGUUAAGAUCAACCUCGUCCGUGACGCUCUCAGAUUCAUGGUAAGCACACUCGGCGAAAGGGACCGUAUGGGCCUUGUUACAUUUGGCUCUGGCGGUGGCGGCGUGCCUCUUGUCGGCAUGACCACCAAAGCAUGGCAUGGCUGGUCCAAUGUGUUGUCCGCGAUCAAGCCCGUUGGGCAGAAGAGUCACCGCGCCGACGUGGUUGAGGGCGCUAAUGUCGCCAUGGAUCUUCUAAUGCAGCGCAAACACAACAACCCGAUUGCCACUAUUCUGCUCAUCAGCGAUGCGUCGACCUCUGACGCUGAUUCUGUCGACUUUGUCGUUUCCAGAGCAGAAGCCGCAAAGAUCACCAUUCAUUCUUUUGGCUUGGGCAUGACCCACAAGCCUGACACCAUGAUCGAGCUCUCGACUAGGACUAAAGCAUCUUAUACCUAUGUUAAGGACUGGAUGAUGCUGCGAGAGUGCUUGGCUGGUUGUUUGGGUAGCAUGCAGACCCUGUCCCACCAGAAUGUCAAGCUCAAGCUCAAGCUCCCAGAGGGGUCACCAGCCAAAUUUCACAAGAUCAGUGGCGCUCUGCAAAUCACCAAGCGAGCAACGGGGCGGGAUGCUGAGGCAUCCCUUGGCGACCUUCGGUUCGGCGAUAAGCGCGAUAUUUUGGUGCAGCUCGUCAUCCUCCCCGAUACGUCUUCUCAGGAGCAGCUUCCUCCAGAUCCUUGGGACAACAUCGUCUCAGGGUUGGAGGCCCUGGGCGGUCCAAUGGAUAGCGAUACUGAGAGGACUCUUUCGGUGGAAGAAGUUCCACUUAUCCAAGCUGAUCUCACCUGGGGCGAUAUCUUGAGAGACGGCACCACUGCUCCAAUGCCCCGACCGUCUCUGUUGGCCAUCACUAUGCUGCCACCGACCCAUAGCCAGAAGAGCCGAUGGCAGAAUGCGCCACCCAUUCCUCCCCACCCCAGCGUGGUUCAGAGGCGAAUGGAAUUGCUCACCUCAGACAUGCUCACGCGUGCACUGACGCUCGUCAGCCGAGGCCAACACGACCGUGCCCAUACGCUCUUGAACGAGACCCGCUCCAUCCUCAAGGGCCUUGGCAAGGGUGGCCUGCCUCCUGUGCCGCCUCCAAGCAAAUCGCUACCCUCGACACCGCACCCGGGCCUCGAUGGGUCGCCGGCAUCCGGAACGCCAGAUCGGAAACGCAGCCCAUCGCCAACUUCGGCAACGUCAUCCUCUGGGAAUGGAAUGACCGCUACACAGCUUGGCCCUCCUCCCCAGCUUGGACGGUCUCGAUCCGCAGACGGACUGGCACUUGGCGUUGGCAUCGAUGCGACAACAGUCAGUGCCCUUGAUGCUGAGCUGGAGAGCAGCCUGGAAUGGAUCAACCAUCCUGCUGUAUUCGGUCGCGAUAGCCGCAAAGCAGUCCUUCAAGCUAUUGGCGUCAUAAGCUCACAGCGCGCUUUUACCAACCGCAGCCCUAUCGAGAGUCUGUGGGCGGGCCGUAUCAGCGGUAUCAAGCGCCUUGCAGAGCGCAGCCGAGAAUGGCGGGAAGAGGGAGGCGGCGAGGGCGGAAUCACAGAAGAAGCAUGA